GAGCCAGCACGCGUAACAGGUCAGCUUUGAUGACUAUCAAUAUGCUUGCUAUUUGUACGGCUUGUCCUAAGGAUUUGGCUUGUCCCGAGUCCCGCGAUGGUGCAGUGCCUGAGGCCCUGAAGUGGCCAGUCCCUCCCUACCCUCUCCCCGCGCCACGUUAUGCAGCGCCAUGCCCAACGCUAGCGACCGAUUGCAUUCCCCAGUUUCGGAACUUAGCUUGUCGCACCACGCCACACGGCGCACGCUAGAGUAGCACACAGAAAGUAUAUAAUAACCGUCAGUCGAGUCAUGCGUGGUCAUACGACACGCAUAUGGCGUCACUAGACGAGUAGGCGCGAUUUGGGGUUUUGAUUGCUAGAGUAGGUAACCCAUAUGCCAUAAACGACCGGCUUGGCCUGACGUUAUAAGCGCCUGGCCUUGCCGCGCGCUAGGCGCUUAACGCGAUGGCGUUGCGUUUCUUGACAGCGUCGUUGCGCGCCAGCAUCGAUGAUGGCUUAUUUCAGGCGCUUUGGAGGAAGAAAGUAUGGAGGCUUAUGGUUUUCCUGCUGCUAUACUCCGUUGGCCUGGCCAUCAUGUUCCCCAUCACGCCCACCCUGGUGACCAACGGCUUCGCCUCGCUGGCUGCGGGCCGCAGCAUGGACUGCAGCGCCUAUCCGCCGCACGCCUCGCCGCCCGAGUGCGUGGACGCCCAUUCCACAGCUGUCACAUGGAUGAGCUGGACAAACUUCGUGUCCUCCAGCCUGCUGACGUUCCUGUGCGCGCCCUACGUGGGCGCGCUGUCGGACCGGCUGGGCCGCAAGCCGUUCAUGCUGGUGGGCGUCAGCCUCACCUUCCUGCCGCUAGCGGUGCUACAGGCCUUCCUGCACGACCUGCUGCCCGUAUACUGGUACUACCCCGCCUCCGCCGUGGGAGGUGUGGUGUCGUCCUUCACCAUGACGCUGACGGCGGUGGCGGACCUGCUGGAGCAGCGGCACAGGGCUACGGCGGUGGGCUACCUCACCUCCUGCUUCAGCGUGGGCAUGCUGGUGGGGCCCCUCCUGGGCGGCUACAUGUCCUGCAGGGCAGCCAUGUGGACAUGCAUCGCCAGCACCGCCAUCACACUCGUUUACGUCGCCAUAUUCGUUCCCGAGUGCGCGCCGGAGCCGCUGGCGCGGCGCGCGGCGCGCAAGGCGGCGGCUGAAGCUGCUAAGCGGGCGCGGGCGGCGGGGGCGCAAGCGGCGGCUGGCGCCGCCGCUGGCAGCCUUGCGAUGGGGCAGGCGGAGGAUGAGCAGGUCGAGUCGGCGGAGGCGGGGCGGCCACGGGACGCGGCGGGGCGCAGCUUAUCGCGCGCAUGGGCGGAGCAGGAGGCGCAGCAGGAGCAGGCGGCUGAGGAAGAGGCGGUAGCAGAGACGGUGUCGCUGCUGUCGGCACAGCAGCACAUGAUGGGCGGCGCUGUGGCGGCAGCGCCGGGCGCGGUAGCCGCACCGCCUGCGGGUGAGUGUGUGUAUGGCUGCCCUGCUGACGGCGCGGGGCACCACUCACACCACCGCGGCGGCGAUGGUGGCUUCAGCACCAGUAGUAAGCAUGACGUCGUGCACGGACACCACGGGUACGACGACUCUGCAGCGCCGCCCACGCUUUCCGCCAGCGCUAAGGCCGGCGCUGGCGACGCCAGCACUAGCAGCCGUGUCAGCGGCAGCAGCAGCAAAGGCGCCAGCAGCAGAUCGCCACUGAGCGGCAUGGCGGCGGGCUGGUCGGUCAUCCGCGGCAGCAGCUUCUACCGCCGCAUCGCGCUGAUCUGGGUGGUGGUGUCCAUGACGUGGGAAGGUGCCGGCGAGCUGCUGAUGCAGUACCUGCAGCUGCGCCUGGGCUUCAACACGCAGGACCAGGCCCACGUGCUGGUGGUGCUGGCCUCGGGCGGCUUGAUGGUGAAGCUGGGCCUGCUGGCGCUGCUGGUCCGCUGGCUGGGCGAGCGGCGGCUGCUGGCCUUUGGGCUGCUGGCGUACGCGUGCGAGUGCUUGGCGCUGUCCGCGGCCCACACCAAGCCGCUGGGCCUGGCGGCGGUGAGCAUAGGCAGCCUGGCGAGUGUGUGCUGGCCGGCGCUGGUGGCGCUGCAGACGUCGGGCGUGGCCCCGGGCCAGCAGGGCGCCGUGUUCGGUGCACUGCAGGCCAUCAGCUCCAUGGCAUCGGGUCUGGGGCCGCUGCUGUUUGCCGCCGUAUUCCGAGCCGUUACCAGGACCGACUCAACUCUGCCCAAGAUGCCCGGCGUGGUGUGGUUGAUGGCGGCGGCAAUGACGGCCGUGGCGAUCGGCCUCACGCUAUCGCUGCCACAGCCGGCGGCGGGCACAGGCGGGACAGACGCAUCGCACUCACACAAGAGCCGGGGCGGGCAGGAGGGCGACGUGGAGGCCGAACAGCCAGUAGUCGUGGUGACGGCGGCGGCCGCCGCGGCAGGGGAGCGUGAUGGUGAUGGUAUCCGUGAGCCUUUGUUAUCCCACUGAGGGCAGCGCGUGGGCUGCCAGGCUGACAAUUUAAUUUGAGAGCCAUGGGCACGUGUUAGGCCCUGCUUACAGCUGCUUAGGAGCCUAAGAGCGUGGAGCGUGGCCGGUUGGUCAGGGCUGCAAGGCAAGGCGAUUGCAAGCGUUGUCAAAGGGGACCAGUUGUCUGCAUGCCAGCUGCACGGUUGACGUGCUGGGCGGCAUUGCGCCGUUAGGGACAUGGCAAAGGAAGCAAGUGGCUGAUAUAGUUGAGUCCCGAGGAACAAGUUGCACCCAGCCCAGGCAUUGACGUUGAUGGAAAGACAUCGCUCACGCCAAAGACUGCCCGGCCCCUUCAACAUUACAAGCAACGCGUUACCGUGACCCAGAGCUGCUGCGUAGUGCUGGGCGGGAUUGCGGGACAGGAGUCACGGUCUCACGGAAGUACACGGAGCACUACGGUUGAUUGAACAGGUGCAGGGAUGUCCUGGCGCGCAGGGGUGCUGAGGCCUGAGGCGCGGGCAAAGGAGAACUGACAGCUGGGGUGCUGGCCAUUAAAGCCGCAAGUUCGGAGUGUCAGUCGCCAGGUGGCAGAAUCCACGUUUCCACGAUGGCCAGCCCGGGACAUGGACGCCCCUGAAUAUAGGCCAGUCUGAGUGCGCGUGUGUUCCAAAACUCCAGGGCCGCUGGCAAGGUCCUGUACACA